AUGUUGAGACUGCUGUACGACAGACAGAUCACGAGCAAGUCCUUGAACACGAUAAAACUACCCUACACUUGUAUACAAAAUCACCCAAAACGACAAAACCACCAUACUAAACAAAAUAAAUCAAACAUCAUGGCAUCCGAUAGCCUGUACCAUAUCCUGUUUUCGGUUUCCCACAGCCCCAAGGAUGUGAAUGAAGAGGUGGAAAAGUUGCGAGUGUGCGGCACCUUUACCGACCUGAAAGCCGCCAAGGCACAAGCACACAAGACCCUGUUCGAGGCAGGGUACGAACGGGAAUGGUUCACCGAGUACGACACCCAACGGGAAGAGUUUGUCGAGCACAGCAUCAAGAGAAGAACGGGUCUCUGCGUGUACGCGGUGGCUCCGGACAAGACCGUGUUCCGCAUCAGCGUGGCGACCACGCCAAACGUCCAGGGCUUCAAGGCCAUCGACGAAGACCACAAGAUCCACUUCGACCUGUACCACGUCGUCCAGACGAACGUCGAGUACUCGGAGGAUGACAGUGGACAGGCCAGGGACACCAACGUCGAAGGCUCCUUCAAGACCUACGAAGAGGCCAGGAAGUUUGCGAGCCAAGUUCUCCUCGCGCCCGAGGACGGCGUGACGAAAGAAUCGUUCGAGGAGUACGCCGAAGCCGGUCAGGGAGAGAAGGACUGUGGGUUCGGCGAGAAUGUCAUUGUUCACGCCGUGGGGAAGAACGGCGAGAAUAUCUUGGUCAGUGUACUGAAGGGACAGGAGAUGGAGUCGGUGAGGUUGGCCGAGGCGGCCAUGAGAAUUCGCUCGUUCAAUUAG